AUGGCGAGUCCGUCGUGGCCGGUUCUAGAGGGACAGCUGAUUAAAGAGACGGCCCAUGCUCGAUAUGUGGAAAACCCCCUCUGGCAAGGCCUGACCAAUGAAUUGGACAGCUGUAGCAGUGUCGCAGAGGAUACUGAGACCGAGUCGCUCCAAGAUGCGGAUGCAGGGACGCUGCUGUUCCAACCGCCCUGUCCCAAGGGAGUACGCUCCCUUCAUCCAAAUACACCACAGAAUUUUCAGUUGUGGCAGAUAUUCCUCAAUAAUGUCAAUCCCAUUGUGAAACUCUUGCAUGCUCCGUCUACACAGCAACUGAUACUAGAAGCUGCAUCGGAUCUGGACAAUAUAUCCCGACCGACUGAGGCUUUACUGCUUAGCAUUUACUUGUGUGCCGUGGCUUCCAUGGACGAUGAGACUAGUCGUCAAGUACUCGGUGCAUCGAGAUCAGACUUGAUGGCGCGAUUUUCGCGCGCGGCUGAGCAAGCACUCAUUAAUGCCGAGUUUCUAAGAUCUACCAAUGUUUUGAUCUUGCGGGCACUUACACUUUACCUGCUGGCCACACGACAGCGCUACGAUGUACAAACACGAUGGCUCCUCACUGGGAUUGCCAGUCGUAUCGCCCGAACAAUGGGCCUGCACCGCGAGCGCAGUCUCGGCUCUUUGCCCGCCUUCGAGCGAGAAAUGCGUCGUCGCCUGUGGUGGCAGAUCGUCUUUAUGGACAGUCGCGCCGCCCAAUUAUGUGGAAUCGUCGUCGAUGCCCACUCCUACCACUUCUGGGAUACCGAGCGUCCCCGCAAUCUCAGCGACAGCGACUUAUCGCCGCUAAUGCAGGAACUCCCGCGCGAUCGCCCGGGUGCUACGGAGAUGUUAUUCUGCGAGAUCCGAUUCGAGAUUGGAGAUUGCAUGCGCAAGUUAACCGCGAUGGAACAUGGGCUUGUGGGAGGUAGCAUUCCCGAGCGGAUGGUUGAAGAAGAAAGGGCUAUUAAUGCGCUAGAGGGCCGACUGGAGCAGGGAUACCUUGAUGACUGCGACGCGUCGAUUCCGUUCCACCAAUUGGCAUUGUAUUUGGCCCGGUCGUCCAUCUGUCAGAUGCGCCUUGCGACCCGACAUCCCCGUCGAUGUGGAGAUUUGUCGCGAGAUGACAGGGAUCGAUUGUUUUCGCUGGGGUUGCAGGUACUCACGUACGAUAAUUUGACCUACGCGAGUCGUGACCUGCAGCCGUUCCUGUGGCAUGUGGGGAUGAGUUUCCCCUUUGAAGCGUUUAUUUUUGUCCUGACUGAACUGUUAUCUCGACGUGAGGGUGACCAUGUGGAUCAAGCGUGGGCCAAGGUUGAUCAGGUCUAUCAUGACCACGGGGAUCUGGUUACGGCGUCCAAGACGAAUCCACUUUUCUUUGCGCUCGGCACACUGACGCUUCGGGCGUGGGAGAUGCGAACUGCGUGGACGAGACAAGGUCCGAUUUUGUCUCAGCCUCUGGAGCCCCAGUCCGUUACGCGGCUUCGUGCUCUCCGAGGGAGUUCCCGGGCCCCGUCGCCUGCAUCGGCCCCCGGCACUGGCAUUGCCCCGCUGAUGUUGGGCCCGGGACCGGGGCUCGAGGAUAGGAGCCGGGAGACGGACGGAUUGUUGAUGCCUGGGCGGAUGAGUUUGGAGCCCGGCAUGGAUAUUUCGCAGAUUGAUUGGGAGACUUGGCAGAGUUUGAUCGACGGGCACAUGACUUGUUUUUAG